AUGUUCGGUGUGUCCUGGCCUGGCUGCAGCCUUGGGAUCCACCGUGUGAAAUGGCUCCUGGUCCUUGGUGCUGCCCACAGCCGCCAGUGCGUCGGCCCCAAAACUCGCCUGGUCCUGCGCUGUGCUGCUCCGUAUCGGUUGGGGCUGGCUUCCCGCGCGCCGGCAGUCAGCACCUCCGAAUCCAGCACGGGGACGGGGACCACCACCCCAUCGACCCCCACCUCCACCAGCCAGAGCCGCCUCAUCGCCUCCUCGCCCACCCUAAUCUCAGGAAUCACCAGCCCCCCCCUUCUUGACUCCAUAAAGACAAUCCAGGGCCAUGGUUUGCUGGGGGCACCCAAGGCGGAACGGGGCCGGAAGAAGAUCAAAGCGGAAAAUCCUUCGGGACCGCCGGUCUUGGUGGUGCCCUACCCCAUCCUGGCCUCGGGGGAGACCGCCAAAGAGGGCAAGACAUACAGGUGUAAGGUCUGCCCCUUGACGUUCUUCACCAAGUCGGAGAUGCAGAUCCACUCCAAGUCGCACACAGAGGCCAAGCCCCACAAGUGCCCCCAUUGCUCCAAAUCCUUCGCCAACGCCUCGUACCUGGCCCAGCACUUGCGCAUCCACCUGGGCGUCAAACCCUACCACUGCUCCUACUGCGAGAAGUCCUUCCGCCAGCUCUCCCACCUCCAGCAGCACACCAGAAUCCACACCGGCGACAGACCCUACAAGUGCCCCCACCCCGGCUGCGAAAAGGCCUUCACGCAACUCUCCAACCUCCAGUCUCACCAGCGACAGCACAACAAGGACAAGCCCUACAAGUGCCCCAACUGCUACCGGGCGUACACGGACUCAGCCUCGCUCCAGAUCCACCUCUCGGCUCACGCCAUCAAACACGCCAAGGCCUAUUGCUGCAGCAUGUGCGGCCGCGCCUAUACCUCGGAGACGUACCUGAUGAAGCACAUGUCCAAACACACCGUGGUGGAGCACCUCGUCAGCCAGCACUCGCCGCAG